UUGUUUCCACGGGACAGUGCUGGUAUAGAUGUAACGUUAAACAUUAACAGCUUCCGUUUCCUCUAAGAACUGUAACUGUGCUUAGUUAUGUCUCAUGUGAAUCUUUAUUAAAUUAUGCGUGUUUGUUCGUUAAUUAACGAGGUGUUUUAAUAUUAUUCAUAAAAAUAUCAAGACACUGGAGGGAAACGUCAAGCGCGUGAGAUGAAAUGACAACGUCAACACUGCAGAAAGCGAUCGAGCUGGUGACUAAAGCCACAGAGGAGGACAAAGCCAAGAACUAUGAAGAGGCUUUGAGACUGUACCAGCAUGCUGUGGAGUAUUUCCUUCAUGCUAUUAAGUAUGAAGCCCAUAGUGACAAGGCAAAGGAAAGCAUACGUGGGAAGUGUAUGCAGUAUCUCGACAGAGCAGAAAAGCUUAAAGACUAUCUGAAGAACAAGGAAAGACAGUGCAAAAAACCAGUAAAGGAGACCCAAAGCAAUGACAAAAGUGACAGUGACAGUGAGGGAGAAAAUCCAGAGAAGAAGAAACUUCAAGAGCAUCUGAUGGGUGCUAUUGUGAUGGAGAAACCCAAUGUGAGGUGGAGUGAUGUAGCUGGACUCGAGGGGGCAAAAGAAGCCCUGAAGGAAGCUGUGAUUCUGCCUAUCAAAUUCCCCCAUCUAUUCACAGGAAAGCGCACUCCAUGGAGGGGCAUUCUUCUGUUUGGGCCCCCUGGCACAGGAAAGUCUUACCUGGCCAAAGCGGUUGCCACCGAGGCCAAUAAUUCCACCUUCUUCUCUGUAUCAUCCUCUGACCUCGUGUCGAAGUGGCUGGGCGAGAGUGAAAAACUGGUGAAGAAUCUGUUCGAUCUGGCUCGCCAGCAUAAGCCCUCCAUUAUCUUCAUAGAUGAGGUGGAUUCUCUGUGUGGAUCCAGGAAUGAGAACGAAAGCGAAGCUGCACGGAGAAUAAAAACAGAGUUUCUAGUGCAAAUGCAGGGUGUUGGUAAUAAUAAUGAUGGAGUCUUGGUUCUGGGUGCUACCAACAUUCCCUGGGUUCUUGAUGCUGCUAUCCGCAGAAGGUUUGAGAAGCGCAUCUACAUCCCUCUGCCUGAGGAGCCGGCACGGGCCUCCAUUUUCCACCUGCAUUUGGGUAACACACCUCACAGUCUGACAGAGGUGGACCUGCGACAACUGGCCCGCAAAACAGAUGGGUACUCUGGAGCUGACAUCAGUGUCAUAGUACGAGACGCCCUCAUGCAGCCCGUCAGGAAAGUGCAGUCUGCUACACAUUUUAAAAAGGUGCGAGGACCCUCUCGCAGUAACAGUACGGUGAUGGUGGAUGACCUCCUGACCCCAUGUUCUCCUGGUGACCCUGAUGGUAUAGAGAUGACCUGGAUGGAUGUACCGGGUGACAAACUACUGGAGCCCAUAGUGUGCAUGGUGAGAUCCUUCUAUCACACACUUUAACACACCUGUUAACAC